GUCUUGAAUUCUGUUUAUGAUUUUUCUCCCUUCCUUUUCGGAAUCUUAUGGAACAUGCAUUUUGUACAUCUCCGGCAAGUUUGCUGAUGGUUGAGAUCGGAGUAAGAAGAGGACAAAGAGAGGAGGCUUCAAUUCUUUGUUCCGGUGGAAAGUACCAUUCAUGUGGCAUUUUAUACUCCGAGAGGUUAAAGAAUUUUUGAAUACGAAAGAAAAAGCCACACCAUGUCCUUGCUGAAGUGUCCCAAUGAGAUACUACUCAUAAUAGCCGAGGAUCUACCGCCAUGCCAACGAGACAUAAACGCCCUUGCCCAAACCUGCCUCCGUCUCUUCCACUUACUAAAUCCAUUCCUAUACCGCUGCAACACUCGACACCAUCAAUCCUCAGCCCUGUCCUGGGCUGUAAACCAAGGCUUAGGAAACACAGUCCGAAAUUCCCUAGAGGCAGGGGCACCAUAUAACAAAUCCGGCCAUGUCACAGGACUCAUUAGCCGAAGACGGUGCGUGCUGGGCUGUACAUUGUCCGAAUUAGCAGGGAAACCCUACUUCUGCCCAGAAUUCUACGAACAACCCAUAUCAUCCGCAGCGAGGAAUGGCCACCUUGACAUCGUCCGAGCACUUCUGGAAUAUGGCGUGGAUCCUGACUAUCCGAACCCAGCCGGUCAUACACCCCUUUGUCUGGCCGCUCAGGGCGGCCAUCUUGAGCUUGUGCGUUUCUUGCUCGUGAAUGGGGCUAGUCCGGCUUUGAAGAAUAUUUGUAAGAUUUUUCCGCUUUGGCAUGCUACUUGGAGACGGGUCUCUCGUCAGAGGUUGAAGAUUAAGUGCAAGGAGCACUUGCAAGUGCUGCAUGAAAGGGACAGGACUAGGUGGUUUAAACCAUCACGGGCUCGUGGCAGGGAUAUCGAUCAGCAAAUUGGCGACAGUCCUGUAACUCUGGAAGUGAGCCCGAAGCGUCUUGAUUGAUCCGGGCUCGGGGCUUUUUGUGCGAGAAGAUGUAAUUCUAGUUCAAUCUUUUCGUUAAAAGUAGGAAGAUGGAGUGGUGAAAUGUUGCUGGGAUGAUUACAGAGCGCGAUUAAACCAAAUAUAGUCUAUGAGAGAAGGCAUAAUACCAUUAAUUACCAG